CCGAGCCCCAGUCCCGGGCAUGGCGGAGACCCUGAGCCCCUGCACCCCACAGGGCCAGUGUCAGGCCAGCACGGGCGCCAACACCUCGUCAGCCAACGUGGACGCUAACGCCUCCUCGGCUGCCUCCGCGCUGGUGGGCGGCAGCACAUGGAGGGGCCGGGAGCCCUUCUCCAUCUUCACCAUCCUCAUCCUGACCCUGCUGGUGCUCCUGACUGUGGCCACCUUCCUCUGGAACCUGCUGGUACUGGCCACCAUCUUGCGAGUGAAGGCUUUCCACCGCGUGCCCCACAACCUCGUGGCUUCCACAGCAGUGUCAGACGUGCUGGUGGCGGCCCUGGUGAUGCCGCUGAGCUUGGUGAAGGAGCUGUCGGCUGGGCGGCGGUGGCGGCUGGGCCGGGAGCUGUGCCUCGUGUGGGUCUGCUUCGACGUGCUGUGCUGCACAGCCAGCAUCUGGAACGUCACCGCCAUCGCCCUGGACCGCUACUGGUCCAUCACCCGCCACCUGGAGUACACGCUGCUCACCCGCCGCCGCAUCUCCAACAUCAUGAUUGCUCUCACCUGGGUGCUGUCCGCCGCCAUCUCCCUCGCCCCCCUCUUUGGCUGGGGGGAGACCUACAGCCCUGAGCAGGAGCGCUGCCAGGUCAGCCAGGAGCCCUCCUACACCAUCAUCUCCACUGGCGGGGCUUUCUACCUGCCCCUCUGCGUGGUGCUCUUUGUCUACUGGAAGAUCUACAAGGCGGCCAAGUUCCGCAUGGGGGGCCGCAGGAGGAAUGCCGUGGUGCCCCUGCCAGAGGCUGCCCAGGUGAAGGAAGCUUCGCAUGAACCACAGAUGGUGUUUACAGCUCGUCAUGCAGCUAUCACUUUCCAGACAGAUGGAGAAACAUGGAGAGAACAGAAAGAGAAAAAGGCAGCUCUGAUGGUUGGCAUCUUAAUUGGAGUUUUUGUACUGUGCUGGAUCCCUUUCUUCAUCACAGAAUUAAUAAGUCCCCUCUGUUCCUGCAACAUCCCACCCGUCUGGAAAAGCAUCUUUCUUUGGCUUGGCUACUCCAAUUCUUUCUUUAAUCCUCUCAUUUAUACAGCAUUUAACAAAAAUUACAACAAUGCCUUCAAGAACCUUUUUGUAAAGCAGAGAUAAAAGGGGACACAGAGGAGAAAAUGAUGCCUUUAUUGCAUAAUACAGAGAUUUCUUGAGGGAAACAUGUCUGUGAUAUGCACAGUUUUCACGUGCAAGAGCCACUGGAGGGGAUUUAGGACCAAUGAAAAAGAAGAUGGAAUAUAUUUAGAUAUAAACCUACUGACAGUUUACAGUUCCCCCUUGGAAAUAAAUAUAUGCUGCUCCAGGGUUUGGCAAAGAAGGUCGAAGCAAUGACUACCUCCCAUCUGCUCUCGGAAUCAACGUGUGCUAAGGUCUGCAAGCAAAGCACUGUAUGUGUCUCAUACCAUGACUGUCAAACCUCACUGGGCUGGUCUCAUCCUACCAGCUACAGGUGCCAUUCUGUAGCGCUCUCCUCAUUAGCAAAGGCACCGGGGGAACUGCUAAUUGAGCAGUACUGAAAUGUCUGUGAUAUGGGCAGGAUGGUGGCUUUGGUUUUGAGAUUUAUUUGGAAGGGAAUAAACAUGCUGUAUUCAAUCAGUUGUUAAAUUGAUGUGAAAUUAAAAUGGAUGACUAAGCAGCUCAAAAACACGCCCUACUAUGAUUGACGGGCUGCGUGUUUUCUAGUGAGCGGCAGUCCUUGAUGGGAGGUCUUGGUGAAAUACAGGUCAGUUAGGUCCCCUGGGGUUAAGUGAAAUUUUAGAGCCGAGUGUAAGAUUAAUCAUAGCGUGCACCCGCUUGCACAGGAGGAGGAUCUAGCAUGGUGUUUUCACCUGGAUUGUACUCUCGCACUCCAUGUUUUCUGAAACCCCGGUGAGCUCAAGAUAGGCACCUGAUUCCCUCCAAGUGAAGUGGGACUGUAUGCAUUACUGCUUCGUACUACCAUAAGAGUAGGCAUGUAUUUGCUGUUGCAAACACCACACACGUCGUAUUCAAUCACCCGGUUUGCUGGCCGCAACACGUGGGUGUUUGUCAGUGGUAGGUGGGUGUCUGCACUGCGCUGCCUGGCGUCCUUGCACCGUAAAUGUUGUGCUCAUCACCCUGCCCCAGUGCAUUCCACAAUUUGUCAGCUUGCAUUGACGUUCUCCUCCUGUAAGAAAGGUAUUGAUGCCAUCAGGACUAAGUGACACCAAACACUCCAACGUGACUUAAAACCAAGCCUUAAAUUGCUUUUCCAAGCUCUAACAAACACCCUUGUCCCAACAAUACAUACAUAAAUAUAUAAAAGAGAAGUCCAUGCAGACUGCCCAGUCUCUCUCUCUCUCUAUUUGUUCCUCUAGUGGGUUUCCCUUCCACCCCUUCCCUGAGUGGGGGAUGCUGACAGUACCUCUGUGUUUUUCUGCUGUGGCAGCUUUUCACUGACACAGCAUCCCAGCACCCGCUCCCAUCUCCUCCUAAAGCUUCUUUAGGUGCCGUAAGAGCAAAACAUCAUAGCUCUGAUGGGGCUGGGCAACAUCACACCUCCUUUUGAAGCUGAGGUUUAACCUUUUACACUCCCUCUCUCAGCCAGUUUUGUGUUCUGUGCUGCUUAAGCAACCCUUUGACUCAAAGCGUACCCUCAGGUACUGCAAAGAAUGACUAAAAGUCAUGAAUUUCAGCUCCAGCAAUAUACACCACUGGCAUCUUGCUCUUACUGCAGCGUAUCACACUCAGCCUUGUCUCUGACAGUUACCAAACUAAUGGGCAUCGCAUCAACACCAGUGCUGACCGUGAAUCUCCUACCCAAGUCUUGGUGUCCUGGCGGUCUCCCACAGGCAAUGGCAGCUGAGGUCUGUUUCCAUCAGCUAAGGGACCAACAUACUUAACAGCCAUGUCAGAGAGGUAUUAUCCAGUAGCUUCUGUAUUCGGAAGAAUAAAAAAAAAGGAUGCAGCCUUUACUUGUGUAACUGUAAAGCAGCAUUUACUGCAGUGUAGCGUAACGUGAUUUGUGUACCUCGUGAUGUCAGAUUGAGCUUUGUGCCAGGGAUAUGGGCAACUUAGAUCAAGGCAAGUUCCAGCUCCUUUCUAAGUGACUUUAAACAAAUGCCGCCAAACUGCACGUUCCUCCAGUUCCCUAAGGGAACCGCCUGGCCUCCUUUCACCAGCACAGCGUGUGGUGAGGUCCGGCACUGCUGUGCUUCACACCCUGUGGUGCUGUGGAAGUCCAGGGUGUGUCUGCAGCACAGCCACCUGUGUAUCUGACAUACCCGCGAAGGAUGCCUCUCCUCUCAAUUUCAGUGGGAUUUAAGAAGUUUUAAUAACCUAGAAUUUCAAAGAGUUGUUAGAUAGUGGCUCAGACUUUUAAAUGCCAAUUCAACUCUUUCCCUUGUGAAUCUCAAUUUGCCUGCAUGUGGAAUAGCUACGGCUCACACUGGUGUUUGGAGGUUUAAUUAAACUGGAAGGAAGGCUCGUAUGUAAGAGUCUAAAAGUUUCUAAAACCUGCAGGCCUUAUUCAGAACCAUUGAUGAAUUUUUUUCAAAUGAAUUGAAUUUUUUCAUGUAAGAUAGUCACUGUUCUAAAAACCUUAAAAUACAAAGAGUUGAAUAUGGAAAGAGAAAAUGAAGCGAUCACCUUAAGCUGGUUGUUAGGAGCGUACACAUCUCGUGCAUGUGGCCACUCCUGAAGUUCCCCAUAAUCACGCUUUGGCCAAACUUCAGUGCCUGUACCCCAUCUGCCUGGUAAGACGAGCCAUUACUGGUGUGCAGGGCCGUCUUCAGCUACCUUGGGAACUGGUAGCAGGGCUACUGAUGUAGCGUACGACGUAGCUCUCCACCUCCUCAGAGAUGAAUUUAGCUUCCUUAGGAGGUGAAUCUGAGCCUCUGCCAUUUUACUGUGAGAAGUUCUUCAAGAUAACUAGGUUAGUGCUCUGCCCACCCAAGCAUCCGUGACGGCAGUGAGUUGUGCCAUGCUUCCACCAAAAGCAGCCUUGCUUCAUACUCACCCGGAGGAGAUGAGAAACACGCGGAGCUUUAGUUGCGCUACAGUGCAGUCUUAGAAAGCUCUUAACAAAAUCAGCUUCCCACACUGCCUCUGCGCACGUCUGCAUUCAGAAGAGCAGUUGCACAUAUUCAGGAUUUAAAAUCCUGGAUUUUAAUCACAUGGAAUCUGAGCUUAGCAUAGGGAGGA